AAGAUGGACGCUAUUCUCCAGUUCAUUGUGGGUACUGUGGUAAAUUUGAAUGCAGCGCUUCGACAGUCUCUAUACACUGUUUUCGUCGAGAAUUACUUGGAUUAUGAAGAAGAUCAAACCGCUCACAAUCUUAACGUGGCCUCGACUGCUUUGCACGAUCACUACCAGUUUCUUAUUCAAGAGGGCCACCUGGCAAUCGAUGACCAAAAUGUCCCGACUCUCCAAACGAUAAUGGGUCAGAUCCGAACAUGCGCUCUCACUGAAAAUGACACCGACAUCCUGGACACAGCCCUGGCUGCUCACGACUUAGCCGACUUGGUUUCAGAUGGUGAAACUGAAGAUUACCGCGAGGAAAUCAUUCGCGAGCUUCAUUCGGAGAUGAAUGGUCUCCUGUGCUGCAGAGAUCACUUGCUCUCAAUGUUCACUUACCUCAAAGUGUUUCAUUGCUUGUUGGAUAACCAAGACAACUGGGAUGACGAGCUUGUCGACUACGCAUACGAAUACGUUUACGUCAAUCUGUGCUACGUGCGAGAGUCAAUGAUUGCCCACGAGGAAGAGAUCCUCUCGAUUUAUUAGACUGACUGUGCCACUACCAAAUCACUUCAUAUACUUUUCCCGAUAUCCAAUUAGUUUCCAUGUUUCUCCAUUUCUAAUUUUUCCCUAUUCAAUUCCGCCAUUUUAUCAAAAAAUUUCCAAACAAUUAUUACCUUCACAGUCUGAUCAGCAUAUGCUUCGGUAACUUUCUUUGCAUUCCACAGAAUCAUUGCCAAAAGUGUUUCCACAUUGUACUUUUCCUCUCUGAAAAUGUUCUUGUUUCAUAAAUUUUUUACUCAAA